AUGCCGUCCGCGGAUGACGGAAACCAGCUCGAUACCAUCCCGUCGUCCACCUCUCGGUCUGGGUCUGACGCCGAGUCGCCCCGGCUCGAGCCCAUCAAACCCUCGUACACCAACCGCAGCCGGCCAUCGAAUGCUUCUCAACGGCUGGAUGCCACUGACGCGUAUGGGAACCUCGAACACUGCUUCACGCCCGAUGUCGAGACGGAGGCGGAGCGGAUGGCCCGCGAGCCCAUCACCUGCACCAGGACCGGCACCAGCAUCGGCAGCACGGCAUCCCGUCCGCCAGAGUACGAAGUGUACUUUGAGGAAAACGACCCCGAGAACCCCAGGAACUGGCCCCUGUGGUACAGAUGCUGGUGCAUCUUUUGUGUGUCGUUUGCUACCUGGGUUGCCACCAUGUACAGCACCAGCUAUACCUCGUCGACGCCGGGUUUGAUCCAAGAGUUUGGCUCAACAACCACCAUUGUCACUCUUGGCAUGACCACGUACCUCCUCGGCCUCGCUGCCGGCAGCCUGGUUGUUGCUCCCUUGAGUGAGCUGUACGGCCGCCAAAUCAUCUACAUUGUGUGUCUUUGCCUGUGGGCCGUCCUAAUUGUCCCUUGCGGUCUUGCGAACUCCUUGACCACCAUCAUCGUUGUGCGUUUUAUCGGGGCAUUCUUUGGCGCCGUCAUGAUUUCCAACGCGCCGGGCAGUGUUGUCGACGUCUCAAACCCAGACUAUCUCGCCAGGUCCAUGUCUCUCUUCGGAGUGGCGCCGCUCAACGGCCCAGUGACGGGGCCCAUCAUCGGCGGCUUCGUGUUUCAAUACCUCGGAUGGCGCUGGGCCAACUGGAUUGUGCUCAUCAUGGCCGGCCUGGCCAUUGCCCUCAUGUGCACCGUCAAGGAGACGUAUGCGCCAAAGGUUCUACAGCGCAAGGCCGCCAGAAUGCGCAGGCAAAUGGACGACCCCCGGUACUGGUGCCAGUACGACCAAAGGGUGUCGACUCUGCAUCUGCUCAAGGUAAACCUGAGCCGGCCAUUCAUCCUGUUUGCGACUGAGCCCAUUCUGUGGUUCAUGAAUUUCUGGAUAUCCAUCAUUUACGGAAUUUUAUACCUCUGCUUCGUUGCCUAUCCCGUCGUCUUCUCGCAACACAGGGGAUGGGGUCCUGGCAUUUCCGGCCUGGCAUUCUGCGGAAUCGGAAUCGGCACUCUGACCGCCAUCGCUGCCGAGCCCUUGUUUCGACACAUCAUCAACUUGCAGGCGCGAGACCCAGAGACGGGCAAGCCGUACCCCGAGGCGCAGGCUUCCAUCAUGGCCAUUGGCGCUGUUUCCACGGCCGUCGGCCAGCUUGGCUUUUCGUGGACUUGCCUGCCCGGGUCCAUUCACUGGGCCGCCCCCAUUGCCUUUGGCAUACCCUUUGGAUGCGGCAACACCAUCAGCUUCAUCUACGGAUCCAACUACCUCGCCGGCGCCUACGGCAUCUACGCCGCAAGCGCUCUGGCCGGCAACGCCGUCAUCAGGAGUGUCAUUGGCGGCACGCUGCCCCUUGCUGGGCCGCAAAUGUACCGCGCGCUCGGGGCGCGGUGGGCGGGCACCCUGCUCGGUCUGCUCGAGGUCGCCAUCAUCCCUAUUCCCUUUGUGUUCUGGAGAUAUGGCGGCAAAAUCCGCGCAAAGAGCAGAGUCAUCCGCCAGCUGCGAGAGGACCAGGCGAAGCUGGACGAGAAGAGGGCCAGGGGCGUGGCCAGGAUGGAGAGAAGGGCGGCCAGGCUGCUGGCUGAGAGAGAUGCCGCCUCGAAAAAUGUCGCCAGAGUCGACGAGACCGAUACAGGUUAG